AUGGCAUCACUUUCCAGACAUACAACUGGUGCUGACUUACUUACUGGUUUAUUAAGCAUUUGCAACAAAUCAGCACUGGACUUUGACAAACUAUCCAGCAUUGCCACUGAUGGAGCACCAUCUAUGGUUGGAUGUGAGAAUGGCAUGGUCACCUUGCUGAAAAACCACCUUGGGGACAGGCAAAAAGAGUUAGUCCAGUAUCAUUGUAUAAUUCACCAACAGCAACUUUGUGCAAAGAAGCUGGGAGUUGAACAUCUGCUGAAAGAUGUCUAUGAUACUGUGAACUUAAUCCGCCAUCAUGGACUCAACCAUCGACUCUUCACAUCAUUUCUUGAAGAAAGAGAUGCUGAUUAUGCUGACCUGCCCAUGUAUACUGAAGUUCAUUGGCUGAGCAAGGCAACAGUCCUCAAGAGAUUUGUGGAGCGAUUGAGGCCUAUUAUCACUUUCCUCAAAGAACAGGGGAACACUACAAGGAAUUUGGAGGGACAACGAUGGCAAGUGUGA